AUGGACGCCCUCGGCCUUCCUAUGGCCUUUGGCUCAACAUCCUCCAAAUUCGCAGCUCCUCCCGACAAUAAUCCAACCCCAACCGGCAGCAAUAACAAUAAUAACCGUCGGGGAGACCACAACGGGAAUGGUGGAAAUCGAGGUCAUGGGAGGGGUCGAGGAGGUGCGAGGGGUAUGACGAACGAUGCGAGGAUGGGCAACAGGCCAUAUCGCGGCGGUCGAGGUGGGGCAGGGGGCGGUGGAAGAGGCGGAAGAGGUGGUGGAGAUCAGGGUUAUCGAGGUGGGAGAUUCGGACCUGGUGGUGGUGGAGGAGGAGGUGGUGGUGGUGGUGGGACCGGUCAGGUACACAAGACUCCGGAAGGCACAGCAUAUUACGACGAAAAAUUCUUCGAGGAUCCGUGGGCCAAGAUCAAGAGAGUGACAUGA